AUGGCAACCAAAGCCGCCCUUUUUAUCACGUCCAAUCUGCUCGUCUUCAUCAUGGUUAACGCCGCCAGCGGCAAUUGCCCAGUUCCGCCAUCACCGCCCCCUCCGUGCUCACCCGGGACAAACCCCAGCCCAAACCCAAACCCAAACCCAAACCCAAACCCUAGCCCAUCGGGCGGCGGAAGAUGCCCCAUUGAUACACUGAAGUUGGGAGUGUGCGCUGAUGUGCUGAAUGGGCUCAUCAAUAUAUCCCUCGGAAAGCCGCCGAAAAAGCCUUGCUGCAGUCUGCUGAAAGGACUCGUAGACCUUGAAGCUGCAGUGUGUCUCUGCACGGCUCUUAAAGCCAAUAUUCUCGGCAAAUCUCCCCAUUGAUCUCAGCCUACUCGUCAACUUUUGUGGCAGGCGUGUUCCUAAGGGUUUUCAGUGCCCUUGAUUUUAGUUCCAGUCUGCAUGCCUGCUUUCUUCCUUGCUCAUAUUGGUUAUGGAUUUAAUUAUUUUUGGUUUCUUGUUUUUGUUUUGAUUUAUGGUAUGUGUUACUGUACUUGAGAUUCGUGUCUGUUUGUGUUGUCAUAAUUACUUGCUUGGAAUA